CAUUUCCUUCUUCUCUUCGGUGGGAAUUGAAUCGUGACAAAAAGCCGGUAACGUUAAAAAAGGUGUCGUCCAUUCUCGCUAGAUGGCUACCACAUGUUAUUUUCUUCAACAUCUUAUUCCUAGUUCAGCCAACAGCAUGGCUUGUGGAUUAUAUCAGGCAAGACGCUUUGCGUCAACUAUAGAAUCCAUCGCAAAGUCUUUGAAGGACAGAAGUUAUCUGCGCCCUCAUAAACCUUACACCCCUCCGGAGGACGCCGAAAAGAAACUCGAUGGCAUUUUUGAAAGCCAAUUGGGCUCAAAUUCAGCACAAUUAAGUAAUGGCCGCAUCAAGUUUAAAGUGCUUACGGCCUGCUUCAAGGAAUUUAAUCAUGGAGUGCCUAAUUCAAAACUACACGAAAUUCUAACCACAGAUGACAUCAGAGACUUUUACCUGCAAGAAAUUGAUACUAGAGUGCCACUAGACAAAUUCAAGUCCAUUGAGCUCCCACCCAAUGUCUCAAUCCAGUAUGAUUAUCACCGUUUCCAUCCAGACACAGACACCAUGCAUGGUGGCAUAAGUGCUUUCCCCAGGCGGUCUACCAUAGUCACUGGAUUGAAAUACAAGAAGAAGUAUGCUGGCUACAAUUAUAAACCUAUAUGGCAUUGAAUGAAAAUUACUGUACAACUUUUAUAGUCAAAUAAUAAAAUGAAAAAUAUCCCAA